AACCCUGGCCACAUACGGUCACACUAUAAAAAAAUUUACAAAUAAAUAAAGCGAAAAUAUUGCAUUUGUUUGAUAAAGUAGAAUAAACCAAAGAAAAAUUGGUCUGAAAACAAAGCAGCAGCAUGCCCAAGUACUACUGCGACUAUUGUGACACCUACCUGACGCACGACUCGCCCUCGGUGCGAAAAACACACUGCACGGGCCGCAAGCAUCGCGACAAUGUGAAGUUCUACUACCAAAAGUGGAUGGAGGAGCAGGCGCAGCAUCUCAUUGAUGCCACCACGGCGGCAUUCAAGGCCGGCAAGAUAACGAACAAUCCGUUUGCUGGCGGACCCUCAUCGGCACCGCCCAAGCCAUCGGGCGUUUCGAUACCACCGCCCAAUAUGGGUGCGCCGCCACGUCCUGGCAUGCCCGGCAUGCCGUUUAUGCCGCCCAUGAUGAACCCCAUGAUGACUGGCAUGCGUCCGCCGCCCAUCAUGAAUCCCAUGGCCAUGAUGGGUCCACCACCGCCGCUGGGCACCAUUCCGGGUGUCCGUCCGCCCAUCAUGAAUGGACCAAAGUGACAAAAACGCGACCUGCCAGAGCACAGUCAAGAUCAUCGGCAUUAAUUAAGGACUAGAGCAUAAGUAAA